AUUUUUAGGGUUUACAUCUUCUUCGUGUAAAACCCCCAGGCCUCAGGACGACGACGCCCUCCGACUCACGACGGAGACACCCUCCGACUGCCAAGUUAGGGCGCGCAUCUCAACCCACAACUCCAUUCGCCUCUUAUCUUUUUCUCUUCUGAUAAAGGUGAAGAAUAUAGCAUAUUCUGUCAAUCUAUAUGGAGAUUAAUGUGAAGAAUAUAGCAUUCGACCUCGAUUUUCAUCCCUCUAACCAGCUAGUUGCUGCUGGUUUAAUCACCGGCAACCUUUUUGUAUAUCGCUAUGCUGAAGAUUCUGAACCACAAAGGGUGUUGAAGGUUCGUGCCCACAAAGAAUCAUGCAGAGCUGUUAGAUUCAUCAAUGAGGGACGUGUAAUCCUCACGGGUUCACCAGACUGUUCAAUCCUAGCCACUGAUGUUGAAACAGGAUCUCCAGUUGCUCGUCUUGAAAGCUCUCAUGAGAAAGCUGUCAACCGGUUGGUUAAUCUCACAGAAACAACAAUUGCUUCUGGAGGUGACGAAGGAUGCAUAAAGGUAUGGGAUACAAGACAGCAGUCCUGCUGCAACUCAUUUCAAGUUCAUGAAGAGUACAUUACUGAUAUAACCUUUGAGCCUGAUUCCAUGAAACUUUUGGGAACAAGUGGAGAUGGCACUCUAUCUGUUUGUAAUCUGCGAAGUAGCAAGGUUCAAACCCAAUCAGAGUUUUCUGAAGACGAGCCAUUGUCUAUAGUGAUAAUGAAGAAUGGUCGAAAAGUUAUAUGUGGGACAGAAAGCGGAACUAUGUUAUUAUACUCUUGGGGUUUUUUCAAGGAUUGCAGCGAUCGCUUCACCGGUUUAUCUCCAAAUCCAGUGAAUGCCUUGUUAAAGCUUGAUGAAGAGAGGGUUAUUACUGGAACUGAAAAUGGUCUUAUUAGUUUGGUAGGUAUAUUACCCAACAGAGUAAUUCAGCCAAUUGCAGAACACUCGGAGUAUCCUGUUGAGCGUCUUGCAUUUUCUCAUGAUAGAAAGUUUCUUGGAAGCAUAUCACAUGAUUCGAUAUUGAAGCUGUGGGAUAUCGAUAGUCUACUGCAAGAUUCUGGAAAGAAAGUAGAGGGUAAAUCGGCUGCUGACAGUGAUGAAGAUGAGAUGGAUACGGAUACCGAUGAUGUCCUUCAAAAAUCAUCCAAAGGCACAAAGAGGAAGAACAAUGGAGGAAGUAAAGGCCUUGAUACCGCAAGUAAUUUCUUUGCAGAUUUAUAGUUUGCGUUCGUGGUGAGUCUGAUGUUCAUGAAAACAUCAAAAAGGCUACGGAAUUGUUGCCUUCUCUACUUGUUUUACGUUGUUCGCAUAGUUUUUCGUCAAGUUUCUACGAAGAUAUAAGCAUAGUUGUUUUCGAAACGGGUCAAUGUUUUGCUCGUGUGACGAUUUUUUAUGAAGUGCGAUUGCAACCAUUUUUUUUUUAUAAAAUUUUAAGCUUAAGCUACUUGUUUAUGGUUUCUCUUUUGGUUAUGCUUAACUAGAAGGGUAUUCGCGCA